AUGUCCACCGCCGCCUCCACAGCCAACCCCGCGCCGCCACGUCACCGCCCGUCCGCCCCCGCCGUCGCGGCCCGCCGGGGCCCGGGGCAAGCCCGCCGAGCCCAUCGGGGCCCGUCCCCGCGCCCGCCUCGCCGGACUCUACCACCGCCCUUCGCCGCCGCCCGUCCCGCGCCCGAGGCGCCCGGCGACCCGCGCCUCCGCCGCGCCCGCGAGCCGCCGCCGCCUGCCUUCUACGCCGGCGCCCACGCGAUCCCGCGCCGCCGCGCUGGAGCUUCCCCGGCCGUCUCCGGUCGCCGCUCCGGUCAGAUCCGGGGAGUCUUCACUGAGAUGUACUCAAUGCCCAAUGGAGAGCAGGUGCAGGAGCAGGAGGGAGAGGUGAGCGGAGGGGAAAGCUCCGGCUGGCAGUCUGACGGAGGUGAGGACGAGGAGAGUGACGACCCGAGCGAUGGUGAAGAGGUUGAUUCUCCUCCUCGCACGGAAAGCCGAUCCAAGCAUACCCACGACCCAGCCAGCAUCCGAGGUAAAGCAACUGCACAGAUUGGACAGACUUCAAAGCACACUCGGACGGCUUCUCCUGUGCCGACUGAGAAGGCUCCAAAGCAGCCCAAAGUCAUGUCGCAAAAACCUCGGAAGGCCUUGCCCAAGAUCAAAGUGGCUGUACCUAUUGCUUCUGGUGCCGCUACUUCUGGGACUUCUGUAUACAAAGAUGAUGAGGAUGAGGAAAUGGAGGAUGCAGUCACUUCCAAUCCGGCUCCGCCCAAUGUUAUUGAACUUCCAGACGAUGACGAGGAUGCACCACUGAAGCACACAGAGGGGAGGAGCAGGACUUUGAGCAAGAAUGCAUCAACCAACAAGACGCCCCAGUCGACUCCAGCAACGGAACCAGUGAUUCAGCGGUCUGAAGACAUCAACCGGGCUUCUGUUACUUUUGUCGUUCCUUUGUCAAGUGCACAACCUUCAGCGUCGACUGCACAAGCUCCGACUGAUCCACCGCCGUCACUUUUCACCGCCCAUCACGUCCCAGAGGACCAAAAAUCUUGUGAACUUGGAGCUCGGUUUGCUGACUUGGAGCAGAAGCAGAUCCAGCUCAAUCUUGAUCUGGAGUUAGCCAAGACAACCCUGCAGAAGGCUAAGGAUAAAGUCGCUGAAACAAUGAACCAGGCUCUGGCGAAGAAGGAUUUGGACCUUGCAGCCGCACAGAAAGCAGCAGAAGAGAAAACAGCACUCGACGACCAGAAGCUGGCCUCAGUCGGUAAACUGGAGGAAGAGAAUGCUAAGCUGAAAACUGCCCAUGAUGAAGCCAACAAGGAGGCGACUCGUCUGAAGAAGGACAAGAGGACCCUGACCGAAAAAAGUGGAAGACAUCGCUCGCAAGAGAGAUGA